AUGGACGAAGUAGAAGCGUCAGAUAUGAGUGGAGAUGAGGAAUAUUCAGAUUCAGGCCAAGGGGCUAUGAUUAUGGCUACGGUGAUACAUAAAGCAUUGGAAAAUAAGAAAAAGGGAUUGCAAAAAGACUAUGACUGGAUCGUACAUCAGCUAUCGCAAGACAAUAUGGACGCUCAAAUCUUUUACCGAUGGUUAAAAAGUCUGAGAUAUUGUACAACAGAUAUUAACCAUAAAUGUGAAUCACUUGUCAAUGCAACUUUGAAAAUAAAAUGGAUCGAUCGUGAAGAAUCACUAUUAGAUCUUUAUAUUGGAUGGCUGGCAGAUCUAGUUACGGUGCAUACUUCGUUCUACCUUGAUCCGUGCCUGAGAAUGCUAAUUAAUCACUUUAUGUCAAGCAAUGAUUCUCGCGAACUUACCGUUGGAGAAAAUCAAAGUUUUGACAUUUUUGGGAACAAGCAAGUUCAUCGCGCAAUGCAAACUGUUCUACAUUUAGUCCCAUCGUCCCAAACAAGAUUAAUACCUAUUUUAACACAUUAUUUUCCAUCGGAAUAUAAGCCAUUAGAUCAAUAUGUUUAUUAUGUUAGUAAUUUAUUGCGUUUGACUGUUUACGCACCUGGAUUGCGCUCACAAAUUCUAGAGUUAACUGUCCACAAACUAGUCAAAGUUGAUGUGGAGGUAUCGCGAGACUCGAUAAACAAAAUCAACCAAAUAUUUGCUGAUGACGAAAUGCAGUUCGAUGUUGACUUGGAGAUGAAUGAUAGUAAUUCUGCUGAUAAAUUAGCUGUACUACCUAGAGAUCUUCAACAAAUUGCUAAUUUAGCUGAUAAAUUGGACCUGUCAAUGUCGAUCUUCUUAUCUUACAUUAGUAUUAUAUGCUAUCAACAAGGCAAGUUUGAUCAAUCUGCCGCAUCACUACUAUUUACGGAUUUAUUGACAGCUUUCGAUACCAUUAUUUUGCCAACGCAUGACAUUUGCCACAUCCAAUUCUAUUUAUUCGUGACAUGUAGCUAUGACGAAGAAUUUGUAAAACAGAUGCUUCAUUUGUGCUGGAAUAAGUUCGAAGACACAAAUGUACCCGCUGUUUUACGUCAAACUUCUGUGGCCUACAUCGCAAGUUUCGUUGCUAGAGCAAAAUUUGUGCCAUUAAGAAUUAUCAAUACAUGCAUAGAAAUAUUUUGUACCUGGAUUCAUAGAUAUCUUGAUGAACAUGGAAAUUGCACCACUGCCGAUAUUGACACACACUGCCUUUUCUAUUCUGCCUGCCAAUGUUUGUUUUACAUGAUUGUUUUCAAGCAUGAAAACCUGAUGGCAGAUGAAGAAGGUAAAAAAUUACUCAAUCGUGGUGGUCUCCAAAGAAUUGUUACGUCAAAAUUAAACCCAUUACGAUUUUGUAUGCCGAUCCUAGUCAAAUUUUUUGCAGCAAUUACAAGUGAACAUGAAUUAGUUUAUUGCUAUACAAUUAUUGAGAGCAAUAAAAGAGAGCAGCUGCCUACCGCUUUAUUCGGUGGAGAUAAACAGCUUACGCGUGAUAUCAACAAUCAAUUAGAUACAUUUUUCCCUUUUGAUCCUUACCUCCUAUCGCGGUCGGCUAAAACGAUCGAACCUCUAUAUCAAAGCUGGGAUGAUAACCUAAACUCUAAUGCUGCCUGUACAAAAAAUCAACAAGAGGAGAAUGAGGACGAUGACGAUUAUCUAUCUUCUGAUGCAUUGUCUCCAUACGACUGUAUGAAUAGUUUCUCUCCAGGAUUUGGUAUUUCUCCUGCAAGGGCAAUGAUGCAGAAUUACUAUAGAGCAAGGAGCCAUUCAAAUUCAAUGAACGAUGAUAAGUUUUAA